AGGUGAUACCAAACGAAUAUGGCCACCGCGUCACACCCUCGUACGUGGCCUUCACGGACUCCGAACGACUCGUCGGCGACGCCGCCAAACUCCAGGACGCAAUCAACCCGGAAAACACUAUUUUCGAUGUGAAGCGACUGAUUGGGCGUCGCUUUGACGACCCCGUGGUACAGGCAGACAGGCAGCUGUGGCCAUUCACAGUCAUAGACAAAGAGGGCAUUCCUAAGAUUCAGGUCUGGUUCAAGCGUAAACUCGAGAGUUUCUACCCUGAAGAAAUAAGUGCCAUGGUACUGUCCACAUUAAAGAGUUCUGCCGAGGCAUAUCUUGGGACUCCAGUAUGCAACGCCGUGAUCACUGUACCGGCGUAUUUCAACGAUUCUCAGAGGCAGGCUACCAAGGAUGCCGGCAUCAUCGCAGGUUUCAACGUACUGCGUAUAAUAAAUGAGCCGACGGCAGCCGCACUGUCAUACAGACACGACGAGAUUGAAGAAGAACGAAAUGUGCUAAUUUUCGAUUUGGGCGGUGGAACUUUUGACGUAUCCAUUUUGAGCAUCGAAGAAGGCAUCUUUGAGGUUCGCGGGACAGGUGGAAACACGCAUCUUGGCGGUGAAGAUUUCGACGCCCGCUUACUGGAGUACUGUAUCAGUGAGUUCACCAGGAAACACAGACUGGAUUUGCGCAGUAACAAUAAGGCCCUAAGGAGGCUAAGAACGGCGUGUGAGCAAGCCAAGCGCACGCUUUCGACCGCAACGCAGGCCAGCAUAGAUCUUGAUGCGCUCCACGAAGGUGAGAACUUGCACGUGGUUAUCACACGCGCAUGUUUCGAGGAACUAAUCCAGGACCUGGUCCAACAGAUACGGAACAUUUUACAACAAGUCCUGUACGACGCGAACAUGACUAAAGAAAACAUAGAAGAAGUGGUGUUGAUUGGAGGGUCGGCGCGAAUACCGUACGCAGAGCACGUGGUGACGGCGUUUUUCGGAAAAAAACCAAGCAAGACCAUAAACAUGGAUGAGGCUGUCGCUCAUGGUGCGGCCAUUCAAGCUGCUAUCCUUAACAAGAACUCUCCCGAGACCGUCCCCGAUGUGCUUCUUGUCGACGUGACUCCUCUUUCUCUUGGCGUUGCGGUGCUUGAAGAAAACAUGGAUGUAAUCAUAGAACGGAAUUCGAAUAUACCCACAAAAAACACAAAAACAUACUAUAGCACUCAGGACAAACAAACUGAGUUCAAAAUCCAAGUAUUUGAGGGCAACGAUAUGAAGACGGUCAAUAACAAUAAAUUAGGAGAAUUUAUCUUGUCCGGUGUCCCACCAAUGCGUAAAGGAAAGGCUAAAAUUGACGUAACGUUUUACAUCGACGCCGAUGGGAUUGUUCACGUUUCGGCGAUGGAAACCACCACCAAGAACGAAAGCAGGAUAAAAAUCACGAGCAACAAGGGGCGGCUAUCGCAGUCCGAGAUUUUACGACUGACACAGAAAGCUGAAAUCAUGAAGCAUAAUGACGAGGCGAGACGACAAGUUGUCGAAGCGAGAGACGAGUUGGAGCUUCUCUGUCAGCGCAAACUGCGUGAGGGGCAGGCCCAUGUCAAAUAUUGCCAGAAUAUGUUAGCGUGGCUGGCUAAUGACGGCGCCACAGCGCAAAUUGAGGACAUCAUCACUAAACGGCGGGAAUUCCAACGGUUCAUCGAUAAUGAAAACUAAUACAAACUCAUAUCUUUGACCAUAUCACAUAAGUGUUUAUUUUGAACUUAACAA